GACCAGGCCAGCACUCCUCCCGACACCACCGUGUUGGAGUUUAAAGAGGACGCCGCGCUGACCGAGGUCUGACCCGCUUUCUCUUUUAACCGUUCUGUGCACUUUCUCCUCAGCUGCUUCCUCGAGCAGGAUUUUUGGAGAUGAUGCGUCUGCGAGUGUCGUCUCUGCAGCGGAGCGGUCAGAAGCGUCAAGAGGGCGAGCGCCUGCUGCUCCCUCACGAGGCAGUGUACCGCCUGGACUUUCACAGCCAGGAACUGAGUUUCUCCCGCUGGCACUUCUCCCUCCAGGGUCACGGCAGAGUCACCAUCACCGGGAUCUCCCAACACUGGACUCCCGACCUCACCCACCUGAUGACCCGCCAGCUGCUGGAGCCUGUCGGAACUUUUUGGCGAAACGCCGGCGACCCAGAGGAUUCGCAGCUCAAGUGUCUGGAGGCGGACAUGCAGGAGUUCGGCGAAAGGAUCGCAGAGCUUGCCAAAGUCCGGAGAGUCAUGUACUUCCUGUUCGCCUGCAAGGACGGAGCCAAAGCAGCCAACCUUCGCUGCUCGGUGGAGUUCACGCCGGAGAAAUGACUUUCACGAACCACUCUCACCCCACAAAGAUUGCGCCGCUUGUCUGCACAGGUCACCAAAACGUCACCCCGACACACAAGGCUGUUACCUGUUCUCCCUGGUAUCAUUCUGUGUAAAUAUCUACAUUUAAAUUAAACAUUGAUGCUCGCAGAGGAGUGUUUGAGCCCCUUCUGUCUGACACCGAGCGCGUCCACGAGGCUUCCUGGUGUUACGGUCAGCCAUGUCGCUGAGUUCUGGUGUGGAGUGGUGGGUCUCUAGUUCAUUAACAGUGCUUCUACUGUGUCCUGGCAAUGAGGGGGGUUUCAUCAGCAACCGGUGCGUGUGUCAAACUCGAGGACCAGGGGCCAAAA